CUCGUCCCUGCCUAACCGACUCUGUACAAGAGCUUCACGAAACACUCACGCCUUUUCUGAACCACCCAGUAUUCCCAGACCCCGCAACUUCGCUCACGACCUUGGACGGUGUAAGACAUCCGUCACUAUGUCUAACUGGCAGCCCAGCGCGUCUCCCAAUGGCUAUCAACCCGUCUAUGGAGCGCCAGAUCCUGGACCCGCCCCAUACUACGCGCAGACGUCCUACGCGCCCCCACCACCCCCGCAACCAGGGUAUGGCGGUGAUUCCAAGUCGCCGUACGCGGGCGAGCGGUUCAAGCCCAAGAAGAGGAUCAACGACCCCAUAUUCCUCAUCCUAUUUAUCGCGCAGUUGGUCGGCUUCGCGAUCAUAUCCGCCAUAACGAUAUCCAAAUUCGGCGGGGACGCUGGCGGACUGGGCGGAGGCGCGGGCUCCGGGAACACUGGGAACAAGGUCACGCUCAACUACCAUACCGUGAUUCUAUUGCUCUUCGUGACGGGCGCGGGCCUCGUGCUCUCGGCGUUCUACCUCAUGCUUACGCGCGCGUUUACGAAAAUUAUUAUGCAUAUCACGCUAGUGCUCUCUAUUCUCCUGAACAUCGGAAUUGCCGUAUACUAUUGGAUCACGAAGUAUUGGUCUGGAGCUAUCGUUUUCACAGUAAUUGCUCUCGUCUCUGUGCUCGCAUACUGGGGAUACCGUUCGCGCAUUCCCCUCGCCUCUCUGCUCCUUCAAGUUGUUAUGGAUGUUGCCAAACAUCACCCAAGCGUCUACGUUGUUGCGUUCAUUGCGCUCAUCUUGCAAGCCGCUCUUAGCGUGUGGUACACAUUCACCGCCAUCGCUACCUAUGUGAGGUACACGCCUGGUAGCCCGACCUGUGAAGUCGGAGAGACCUGCUCCUCCGCGAAGGUCAUUGGGUUCAUCAUUUUCGAGACGUUCUCGUUCCUGUGGACCUCCCAGGUCAUCGGAAACGUCGCGCUCGCUACGCUUGCUGGCGGUCCCUUCGGCAGCUGGUACUACUUCGGCCCCCGCGAACAAGGCAUGAUGCCUGCGCACCCGACGCUGUCCGCGUUCGUCCGGGCCUCGACACUCUCGCUAGGUUCCAUCGCCUUCGGUUCUCUGAUCGUCACACUCCUCGAGCUUGUCAAGAUGCUGCUGAACAUGGCGCGCAACAGCGCCGACGCUGAUGGUCACCCGGUCGAGGCGUGCCUAGCGCUCUGCGCGGAAUGCUUCAUUGGGUGCAUCGAGAGCGCAGUAGAGUAUUUCAACAGAUACGCGUACAUCGAGAUUGCGUUGUAUGGAAAGCCGUACAUCAGUGCCGCGAAGGACACCUGGCGCUUGUUCAAGGACCGCGGCAUCGACGCGCUCAUCAACGACUCCCUCGUCGGGAUGACGCUGACUUGGGGUGCCUACGCGAUCGGUCUCCUCUGCUCGCUAUUCGCGUACCUAUAUCUUCGCUACACGCACCCAUCGUACAACGUCGACGGGCAAUACACUGCGCCCGUGCUCGUCUUCGCGUUCCUCAUCGGCCUGCAAUGCUCGCUCACGCUCUCUUCCGCGAUCGAGGCGGGUGUGUCCACUAUCUUCGUGGGCCUGGGAGAGGACCCACAGGUGCUCGCGAUCCGCGCGCCACCUCUGUUCGCGAUGAUUGCGUCGACCUACCCACAGGUGGUCCAGGGUGUGCCGAGGGUGUAGAGGGUUGCUGCGCGUCGGGAGAGGUCAUGGCGUGUUGGUGUAGGUCUAUCUCCGUAGCUGGGGGAAGGUCGCGUUCGACAUGGACUUUAAAUAUAUCUGUCUUGUCUUCUUGCUAUUAAUCGCUAUCGAAUCAAUGGGUU